CAUCCUUUGCUUCCCACACUGACCAAGCCUGAAGCCGCCUCUCCACAUACAUAUUGCACCGCCCCUCUCACACUUCCACCACCGCCACCACUAGUAUCGCCGCCGCUCCGCUUCGGCCGCCAUGAGUCCAGCAGCUGGCAAUGCCACAGUCCUCAAUCCGGCCGGCGUUCGCGCCAGCAUUGUUGGGAGGUUUCCGUGCUCGGGAUUUGAUGUAACUGCUGUUGAAGUCUGUUUGGCGGUCGCUGUCUUCCUGGUUUUCCACGCUUUUAGACAGAAGAAAGCCCGGGGAUUGCCGGUUUGGCCGGUCGUCGGCAUGCUGCCAUCCAUGAUCUGGGCACUGAGGGACAACACUUACGAGUGGAUCACUGAUGUGGUUAUUAGACAAGGAGGAACCUUCACCUUCAAUGGUCCUUGGUUCACAAACUUGAACUGCGUGGUGACAUCUGAUCCCCGGAACUUGGAGUUCUUGCUGAAAGCCAAGUUCUGGAGCUUCCCCAAGGGGGAGUACUUCAGGAACUGCCUGCACGACUUGCUUGGCGAUGGCAUCUUCAACGCCGACGACGAGCCUUGGCAAAUGCAGAGGAAGACGGCGAGUCUCGAGUUCCACUCCGGCAAGUUUCGGAAGCUCACUGCGUCGACCGUCGGCAAUCUCGUCUACCAGCGCCUUCUGCCGGUGUUGGAUGCUUAUGCUGAGAAUGGCGCUCCCCUUGACUUGCAGGACGUUCUCCUCCGCCUGACGUUCGAUAACGUCUGCAUGGUCGCUCUAGGCGUGGACUCCGGCUGCCUGAAGCCGGGGCUGCCUGAAAUCCCGUUCGCAAAAUCAUUCGAGGAGGCGACUGAGAUGACGACAAUCCGGUUCUUAACGCCGACGGCGAUUUGGAAGGCAAUGCGCUUCCUCAACAUCGGCCCCGAGAGGCGGCUCAAGCAAUCGGUCCUGCAUGUGAAGGAUUACGCGGACAGCGUCAUCAAGGUGCGGAAAGCAGAAACCGCGUUGGAGGGCGGGGAGAAGUCGGACCUGCUCAGCGUCAUCAUGAGGCUGAAGGACGAAGAGGGCAGCCCUUACUCGGACAAGUUCCUGAGGGACAUAUGCAUCAACUUCAUCCUCGCCGGCCGGGACACCUCCUCGGUGGCGCUCUCGUGGUUCUUCUGGCUGCUCGAACAAAACCCAGCGGUGGAGGAGAAGAUACUGGAUGAAAUCCACCGGAUCGUGGCGGCGAGGGAGUCCUCUAAGGCUGAAAAAGAAGGCAGCAGCAAGGUGGUGUUGACGGCGGAGGAGGUGAAGAAGAUGGAGUACCUGCACGCGGCCCUAUCGGAAGCGCUGAGGCUUUAUCCAUCAGUUCCGGUGGAUCACAAGGAGGUUAGAGAGGAUGAGAUCUUCCCAGAUGGUACUGUACUCAAGAAAGGAACCAAGGUCAUCUAUGCCAUAUACUCAAUGGGGAGGAUGGAAAGCAUUUGGGGCAAAGAUUGCCGUGAAUUCAAACCAGAGAGAUGGAUCCGAGAUGGCCGGUUCAUGAGUGAAUCAGCCUACAGGUUCACAGCCUUCAAUGGCGGCCCGCGGCUCUGUCUAGGCAAGGACUUUGCUUACUACCAGAUGAAGCAGGCAGCAGCGGCCAUCAUUUCUCGAUUCCGCGUUCGAGUCGUACCGGGACACCCAGUCGAGCCAAAAAUGGCCUUAACCAUGUACAUGAAGCAUGGCCUGAAAGUUGUUCUGCAAAGAAGGCAUCCACAGCAGUCCUGAAGACUAACUUCCUGAUCUUGCGCGGUUGACUACAGUGAGGCUUGGAUCCUUCUGUGGUGUUGGUGAUAACUAUCACUCAGAUGUGAUGUGUGUGGUUCUUGAUUUGGUACCAAUAACAGGGUUUCCAUUUUGUGAGAGGUGAUACCUUUGUUUGUUGUCGCCCUUUGUUAAUAUACAGUUUUUGCAAGCUUGGUUUGAAUCAAUUCUGAGUUAGGUACUUCAUAAAUAAUGUUUGAUUAGCAUAUCAUUAAUAUUAGUGUUAGUAACCAGUUAUGUUAUUUGAAUCGGAUCCCAUUUGGGUCAUACCCAAAUAAGGCGACAAAUAGGUCGAAGGUCUUAGUAGGGAGGACAUCUGGUAAUUGAGGGUCAUUUCCUUUGGGAGGAGAGAACCCUAAUCGGGGAUUCGGUUGUGCAUGGGUGAGCU